AUGGAGACUGUCAUGGAGAAUGUUGCAGUUGGCAUUUCUGGAUUUGAAUGGGUUGUUGGGGUCCUGAACAAUUGCUUUAUUGUGGUUAUAAAUGUCCAUGAUUGGAAAAAUGGAACCAGGUCAAGCCCAUGUGAUAAAAUACUAAUACUCAUUGCAUUUAACAAUUUGUUUUUGCAGUGCCAUUUCAAUAUUUCUGCUGUACUAUUCACAGAUUUCACUGAAAUAAUAUUCCUCCAAAAUGUGUUUGCCACUUUAUUAUUUUUUCUGGUGUUCCAGCUUUUUCUCAGCUUCUGGCUUACUGCCUGGCUCUGUGUUUACUACUGUCUGAGAAUUGUCAGCUUUAAAACCUACAUCUUUAUUUAUCUGAAACUGAUCAUCCCCACUUUGAUAAUAAAGCUUAUAUUGAUGUCAGCAGUGGGAUGUUUUAUCUUGGCUUUGUUUGGCAUUUGGAAUAUCCAUUUGGAGCCUUUCAUACAAACAGAAAACUUUACAAAUGGCACCACACCAAAACUUUACGUAGCAUUUAGCUCCUAUUUCAGGUUACUUGCUAUUUUAUUGGGAAGCUGUCUGCCUCUUCUUGUAGCUGUCUGCUCCAUCGUUCUCACUCUGACCUCUAUACUGAGACAUGUUCACCAUAUGAAACAGAAGGGCUCCAGCUUCUCAGACACUCAGAGAGAUGCUCAUAUUAAGGCAGCUAGGAUUAUGAGCCUUCUUACCAUCGCUUUCAUUGUUUUCCAUUCUGCCGAGAUCUUUAUUUUGUCAUCAAAACGUAACAUUAGAGAUUUUUGGAAUACGUUCUCAGUUUUUAUCAUUCUGAUCUACCCAACAGCCCAGUCAACUAUCCUUAUACUUGGCAACCCCGCACUUAGAACAACUUACCUGCGGAUCCUGCGCUGCUCUUGA